UUUAGCUCUGUCUAGCUGACCUCUUACCUCUCCCUGCUACCUUUUUCUGUUGUGCCAAUGCAUGGAUUACAUUUGUAAAUAAUAGUCAGAUUUGGAUUUUGUUUGGACAACUGGCUCAUAAUGUUCCCCAAAUGCAUUCUUGAUUCCCUUGCUUUACAGUUUACUUUGCAAAUGAAUAAUUAUAGUAUAUUAAUAUUAAAUUAUGCAUUCAUUAGCCCUUGCACUGAUUUGAAUUGGCUGCUUUUGGAUUUAUCACCAUCAGGUCUUGCUCAGGGCAAAUGCUCCUUUACAAAUCACAAUUGUCUUUCCAGUUGUCACAAAUGAGCAAUAUCCAGUAGCGCAUUGCAUGCUGCAACAUUACAUGCUACUUAAAAAAGUAGAAAUGAAAUAACCCCAUAGAUUCUGCUUUUUUCUGUUGGUCUAGUUUAGUUCUCCUAGUUCUCCUCCAGUUCCUCUGAGCCUCCUUCCUUGGAUAGAGGAGAGAAUCUCUCUCGUGACCUGCCUCGUCUCCCUCUUCCUCCUUCCUCCCAUCACAUCCCCACAGCAGCAUCUGCUGCUGAUAACUGCACAUAACAGCUCUUAAGGCAUUAAGAGUCAUGUGCUGACCUGUCCUUAUCCAUCCCUCAUAUGCCUCCCCCUCCACACCCCUGAAUUACGUCAUUCAUUGUCUUCUUGUGCAAGCUUUUUUCACAUUAAACCAUCUUUCAUGUGUUCUUUUUCCUUUUUGGGCCCCUUUCCACCUCUCAUGCAUGUCUUGCCUUAUUCCUUCCCCGUAGUUUGCGUGAUCAUCCCCUUAACCCCCAGACGCACUGGAGCUGCCUCCACCCUGCAGACACCCAGCACCUUACCGACAAACCCAACCCCCCCGCCGACCACUCCCCUUACACUCGCUGCAGCGCGUCACCGCCGCCCCUUUUCCCCGCGCCGCUCCCCGAGUUACGAGUCCUCCAUUUCCCUCAAAGACUUGGCCCCCCCGGCGCUGUUCAAGUCACAGCAGUUCAACUUCCUCUCCCCUCCUGCCCCAUGCGCCACCCCUCAGCGCCCCCCCCCUGCUGACGCUCGCCGCCCCGCUGCCUUCCCCCCGGCGACCCGCCCGGCCUCCCCGAUCCCGCAUAUCACCUCACCUUUGCCUCCCUCCCCUACUCCUAACUCACCCAUUCCUCCUUCAGCUCCGGGCUCUUCCGCGUCCCUCCCUGCCUCCCCCUCGCUCCCCCCGCACACUUCAGACCCUUCAGCGGCCGAACCGAACGCCUCCUGGCUUACGACAUCCGGGUCUUCCUCCGGCGCGUCGUGUCGCGCUACCGCCCCCUCCUCUAUGACGGCAACCACACCGCCCAUCCUCACCCUCGCAGCCUCUCCCGUUGUCGCCGGCGCGUCUGAGCCCCCCGCCGCACCCGCUCCUCCCACCUUCUCCUCGCCCUCAAGCAUGACCUCACCCUCUGUCGCCGUGUCCCCGAGCGAUGAGGCGCUGGUGACCCAGCUGACCGCCUGCUCCCGUCCCGUCUCCCCUCUCUCCUUUCCUUCUCUCCCUCCCGGCUCUGCCUCUGGGUCCCGGUGUCCAAGCCCCGCUCCUCCGUCCCCUCCUCUCCGCUCCCUGUCUCCCUGUCCGCUCUGCCAGUUCGGUUUCGCGCCAGCCGUCUCCCCACCUCCACCUCGACUCCCCGUUGACCCUUCGACGACGGAAAUUUUGUUUUAGCAUGCUCUGUCCUUUUUAUCCUUUAUCCUUUCUUCUCCAGUCUUUCUUCUCACAUAUCUCAUCUGUCGACUGUCUCAUGUGAGCAUGUAACAACACCCUGGCAACAAUUAAUAUACCUUCCACUCAUCACGUCAGAUGCUACACGAUAAAUAAGGCCUUACGUCACUAAUGUGUCACACUUUUAACGUCUUACCUCACCACACCCAAAAAAUUAAUUUCUAAACAUGACGUUGCUUUUUUGAUUACUGCCCAUUUGAAUAUUCUUAUUUAAGUAUCUUAGAUCAAAUUUGUAUUUGUGUUAAAUAGGGGGUUUCGACACAUUCUCAUGUAUGGUAUAUAUUUAUUACAUUUACUGCAUUUGUUUGACAGUAGUUAGUCAUACUGCCAUAAUGUCUGACAUAUCAACGUCUCAGCCGGUGGUUGUCUGCAUACAUGCUCUACACUUCAGCCGCGGUGCCAUCGUCCAUGUCAUGUGCUGUGUGGUUUAGGGUGUGUGUUUUUCGGUGUGGUAUGCCUCCGUGCGUGUCUGUCUCUACAUUUGUCAUCCUGUCAC